AUGGCUCCGAACGUUAAACAGUGCUUGAAAGGUGCGAAGCAGGCGCUUGCGGCGCAGGACUGGGCGACUGCGGUGGAAUAUUCGCUCCAGGUGUUGGAUGUUGACGCGCGGUCAUAUUAUGCGCACGUCUUCCUGGGCAAAGCGUAUUCUAUGGAAGGAAAUUGGAAGGAGUCUCUAAAGCACUACGACUGUGCGAUUGAAGAGAACCCGCGAGAAUUGGUGGCUUGGAAGGGCCUGUUUGUGCUCCUGCGGGAUGCGAAUGGUAUGCUGAGCCACGAGGAGUAUUUCCAGCGGUGCAGCGAGUACGCUGAAGUUCUGGUCACGCUGCAGCUACCGCAGAUCGAGCUGAUCGACCAGCUGCGGGACUAUGUCCGGCAGCACCCCGAUGCGGAGGAGGCGUACUUGUGGCAGCUGCGGCCUGGGAUGCCUCUGGCAGAACAGCUGGGGCGGAAUUUGCUAGAGCCACAGGAGGCGCUGAAGCGCCUGUUAUCCAAGGUCAACGCGCGCGAGGAACGUGAGGUGGCGCGGCUGGUGAGCCGAGAGCGCCUGAAGCUCAGCAAGAACGACACGGACUACACGUUCAAGCUGAAUUCCGUGGCCUGGCAAGUAUAUGAGAGUUCGCCGGUGGAUGAACUGUACGAGCAGCUGGUGAACGUGAUAUACGAUGAUGCAGAACGGCGGCAAAUGGAGCAUCAGUGGCUGGAGCAUCGGAUCAAGUUGCUUUCGGCAAUGCCCAGUGGAGAUAAGCCGGCGUUCUACCUGCAAGUUAAGACCAUGGUAGAUGAUAUGGUUCUGGUCGAUCAUGACUCCAGUCUAGCCUGGCGGUUGCAUCUCGAAUGGCAAGACUGUGUCUCUGUAUAUGAUCUGGAUUUGGAGCGUAUCAGCAUGUUCAUAAGGAAGUUUCCUACAGAACCACUGGGUGUUCUUCUACUCGCUUGGAUAUGUUCCAAGUUUUCCAACUAUGAUGCUAAGUUAUUUUACAAGAUGACAUUUGGUGAGAAGGAAGAAAUUAAUACGGUCUCGGGUGAGUUGGAGGAGCCUGGAGAGAAUCUACACCCGGAAUUCGCCAAUGCUGUGGAUACUGGCUCGCAAGAAAGACUUUCUGAAACGGAUGUGGUACAGGUACUGCGAGACCUGCAACAUUUGCAGAAGAGCAUUUUGGCCCACCGUAUAGUGUCACAGUACUUUGUGAACUUGGAAGAAUACGAGUUUGUGCUUCCUUAUAUCAAAAAUGGCAUCACUCUGGUAGCACAGGCUAUUCGGGAUCUCGGAGCACGGCUGAUAAAUGCGAAGCGUGAUCUUAGCUUGGACUAUGCGACAGUGUACACUUAUUUGGAAUCCCCGAAGUAUCAUUCGAUUGCGCUGUCGCUGUUUGAUAAAGUUUUGGCUGAUGAUCCUCAAAACUACAGAGCGAAGUUGAAAAAGAGUCAUAUUUUGAUAGAGCGUAAGCAGUGGGAUGAAGCAUACGCUCUUCUCAAAGGUGUUGUGGAUAGACAUCCACAUCUAUAUGAUGCACAUUCAGCAUUCGGUUGGUGUCAGCUGCAGUUGGGCGACACUGAAAGCGCUUUAGAAACAUUCCAGCUUAUUAUUAAUAAUGUGAAGAGCAGCGACGGCACGUCGUCUCAGUUCAUUAGCUCAGUACACUGGCGAACCGCACAAGCACUUAUUACUAAGCAGCAGCAUGAAGAUCCUUCAGGUAAUGAGUUUAUAAAGAUUGCUUUCCAGCAUCUGGUACAAUCCCUGAAGAUAACCGAUCUUUUUGCUCCAGGUUAUUCCCUUCUUGGACACAUUUACGAAGUGUAUUUUCAAGACCUGACUCGCGCAUUUAGGUGUUACGUUAAAGCCUUUGAGCUAGAUGCCGGCGACCUCGUCGCUGCUAAAUACAUGGUGGAAUACUAUAGUGACCUGUGCAAUUGGCAGGCGGCGGCCAACAUCUGUGACCGUGUAAUCAAGAAUGAUAUGCAUCUCAAUUCCGUCAACUGGCCGUACAGAGUUCUGGGUGUUUAUUAUUUGGAGCUUCAACAGGAGGCUGAAUCGAUCGAAUGGUUCCAAUCUGCUUUACGGAUUGAUUCGUCUGAUGUUGAGGCAUGGAUAGGCCUGGGACAGGCGUACGCCGCAUGUGGCAGAAUCGAAGCCUCGAUCAAGGUUUUUGAAAGGGCAUUAGAGCUGUCUCCAGAACAUAAGUAUGCAGGGUUAUUCCUGGCUAUAUCAUUAUGCCAGCUUUCAGAAUUCGAAAAAAGUCUCGAGGCCCUGAGAAAACUUGUGAAUAAGUAUCCACAAGAAGCUAUCUUCAAAGAAAGACUAAGUGCAACGUUGGUGGAGCAUGCUUUGCAGUUCUUCGACCAAGGUUACCUGAUAAAAGCGGCAACUUGCGCUGCUGAGGUGAUAUCGAUCAUAGAAGGCAUUGUAUCUGAACAGGUAGAAUAUACAACCAAUAUGUGGAUUACUUUAUCAAAGGCUUUGAAUAUUUUUAUUUCCACGCGUUCUCAGUUCGACAACUUACCGCUAGCGAAAUUGACUAGUAUCUUGGAUAAAUGCCCCCUAAAAAAUACAGAAGAGGUAGAUCUGAUUGAUAUGACAUCUUUUGAAAACCUGCUAAAUGGAGACUCUGAUUUGAACAUCUCUGUAGCCCUCCAAUUUUUGAUAUUAUCCUCCAAGUGCUGCAUUGCUACAUCGGAUUAUGAGAACUUAUCGAGAACAGUACGUGCAUCUCUAUGGUACAAUCUUGCGCUAGCGGAAUUGACAGCAUAUUUGAUAUUAAAGGAGAUGAGAUAUUGCGAUGCAGCUACAUAUUGUUUUAAGAGAUCGAUCAAGUACCAAUCAAAUUUCUUUGCUUCGUGGGUUGGCUUAGGUAUAAGUUCCAUGAACUUGAAUUAUCGGGUUUCUCAGCAUUGUUUUAUAAAGGCCAAUGCUCUCGCGCCAAAAGAACCCACAAUAUGGUUUAACAUGUCUCUUUUAGCACUGAAAUGUCAUGAUGUGGAAUUUGCGAAGCUUGUUUUGAACCAACUUCAUGGUCUUGCGCCACAGAUGCCACAUUCAUGGUUUGCGAAAGCGUUAACCUUGGAAAAAGAAGGAGAUAUAAACGAAAGCACACGUAUGUUUGCGUAUGCAUUUUUGAUAUCAAAUGGACGGUAUAAGCCUGUACAGCUAUUGUAUGCUAAAGCAGCAUUGAAUAGGCACAUUGCUAAUAAUGAAGACGAAAGAGAUAUUGAGCCGAAUCUCGAACUUUCUACCAUAGCCUAUGGUCUUGGUCAAUAUUUGAAGAAAUGCCCAGAUGACCUACUAGCCUUGCAGUGUGCCAUUUUAACAUAUGAACGGUUGUGCAAGUUUACUGCGGCGUCUCAUCUUAUCAAUGAUGUUGCUUUGAUUUUGGAGAAUAGGUUUGAAAAGUCUCAAGAUGAGAGAGAGCUCAUCAAUUAUGGCAUAAUAAAAACACAACUUGCACGCACACAACUCGGGCUUGCAAAAUUUGAGAAUGCAAUUGAAGAUGCUAGUCUCGCACUUGGCAUUCUAGAAGGCAAUGACACGCCAGAUGCGAAAAGGGCCUUGUUAUCGAAUUAUAUUGUACUUGGUCUGGGUCAUUAUUUCAGUGGUGACUUUGACCAAGCUCUAGAAUUCUUUAAAAUUCUAUUGAGUGACUACGGUAAUUCAUCGGAAGUGACUUUGAUGAUAUCUAGGACAAUUUACAAUUUUGGCGGCGAGGAAGCUAUUGAUAUUGCACUGCAAGAGCUAUCGGAGUACAGGACAACCCAUGGACUAGAUUUGCUCGUUGUUAUAACAAUGGCCGUCAUUUGUCUCAUGGAGAACAAGGUGGACCAACUUUCAAUUUUGAUGAAAGAUUUAGCUAACCUACCAUUAAAAGGCAUCCUGUCGGACAAAUACAAAGAUGUUCCACUUGUCAUGGAUGAGAUUUCCAGAGCACUGAAUUUGCGCGCUCCAUCUAAAAUUCUGUGGCAGAGAUCCGCUUUCUUUACACCUAAUAACGCUGAUGUUUGGAAGCAGUUGGAUUAUACCACUUCUAACCGCAUCACCCAUUCUGGGCAAUGUAAGGUUACUGCCAACCAUUUGAGUAACACAUGUUUCAAGCUGGGGACACUGUCUAAGACACAGCUGGGAAUAUACCUUUGUCCUUGGAAUAAAGAAGGUGUGAAGUUACUGCAUGACCACUUUUAG